UGGGAUGGAGUAUUGCUCAUCCUCCUGCAAACAUGCACCUAAUUUCACUGACCAACACUAGUACUUCGAAUCACACACUACUCUCAUGUACGCUAGCAAUUAGCAAAUCGAUGGACCAAAAAUUUAACAAAACGUAUAACUAUGUGGAACAAAUCGAUAAGAACAGUGCAGCUAUGGAGGAAACGAUAAAGUUGCGGCAUCAGUUGACGAGCCUCGUUCUUGCUACCCUGCAGACAUGGAGGAAAUGUAUAAACAAGAUUGCAUAGCCACCAACUAGAGCAUUUUUUAGGGGAAAGGAAACGUAUAAACAAGAUUGCAUAGCCACCAACUAGAGCAUUUUUUAGGGGAAAGGAAACGUAUAAACAAGAUGGCAUAGCCACCAACUAGAGCAUUUUUUAGGGGGGAAAAACACAAGUGGUUACAAUGGAAGUGCAGCAUAGCUAGCUGAAGAGUGAAGAGCAACACUCCUGCUCUACCAUUGGGGCAAGAAAGCAUGGAGGAAGAGGAGGGGAGGAGGGGGAUCCCUGCCCUGCUGAGAUCGCCGUCAACGCCUGAAACUGAAGCUGCUUCUGCGCAUCAGGAACACAUCGCCUCUGAUAUUACCCAGCUUGUAGGAUGGACGCCACUGAUAGAGCUGAAGAGAAUCGCCGAGAAGGACCAGGUCAACGCCCGGAUCGUUGGCAAGCUGGAGUGGUACCAGCCGCUCUGCUCCGUCAAGGACCGCAGCGCUCUGAGGAUGAUUGAGGAUGCAGAGGGGAAAGGGCUGAUCUCACCUGGCACCACAACACUGAUCGAGCCGACGAGCGGCAAUAUGGGGAUAGGUCUGGCGUACAUCGCUUUGAUCAGAGGUUACAGGUUCGUUGCAGUCAUGCCUGCUGAGUAUUCACUUGACAAGCAGAUCUUGCUGAGGUAUCUGGGAGCAGAUGUGGUUUUAACUGAUCCUAUGCUUGGCUUUCAAGGACAACUUGACAAAGUGGAGCAGCUCAAGAAAGAUUUACCCAAUGUUCAUGUUCUUGAUCAGUUUGCAAAUGCAGCAAAUCCUGAAGCACACUUUGCAUGGACUGGACCUGAGAUUUGGAGGGAUACGGCUGGCAAAGUAGAUAUCUUUGUAGCUGGUUCGGGCACUGGAGGUACUGUCUCUGGUGUUGGCAAGUACUUGAAGAUGAAGAACCCAGCUGUGAAGGUCAUUUGUGUUGAGCCUGCAGAGAGUCCAGUUAUUUCAGGUGGCAAACCUUCCCGGCAUAAAAUUCAGGGAGUUGGCCCAGGAUUUGUACCCAAGAACUUAGACACCUCACUAAUUGAUGAGAUCAUUACAGUAACUGCAGAAGAUGCAAUGGCGAAUGCAAGGAGGCUGUCAAGGGAAGAGGGCCUGCUAGUUGGGAUAUCAUCUGGAGCAAAUUUGGCAGCCUGCUUGAAGGUGGCGUCAAGAGAAGAGAACCAAGACAAGAUGAUUGUCACUGUGUUUCCCAGCGGUGGCGAGAGAUACACGACCUCCGACCUCUUUGCUGCUGUAAGAGAGGAAUGCAUCGCCAUGACCUUCUGAUCUGGAUACUUGUGUACAUCCGUAGUGGUGGUCUAGUCUGGCAUGGAAGCAUGUGCGUUCCAUUUGUGUGUUUGUGUUUUUGAUCAGAAAUUCAGGAACCUUUACAGUGUGGAACUGUAGAUUGGCAUGCCUGUCUGCUUUCUACUUUUGCAGAUUGACAUGGAACUCUCAGUCACAAUUCUUCGGAAAAUACUACAUGGUCACUUAAACAUAUUAAUUUCCCUCAUAUUCCAAAAUUCA